AAACAAGCGCGAACCACGCGUUGAAUUUUUCCCAAUUUUCUCGAUUUUCGUGAGUUUCCGCGGUUGUUUACAGCGUUUCCAGAACAACGGGGUGAACUGCGAGUUGCUGUCGAUACGAUUUUUCAAACAGUUUGUGAAAAGCAACCAUUGAAGUGAGGAACAGCAGCUAAAACCGGCAUAACGAGAACACGCGGACGAUGGCAGAUUUAGAGAAGAUUGAAAUCCGGGAUGUUACGCGCAUCGAGCGGAUUGGCGCCCACUCGCACAUCCGUGGCCUGGGGCUGGACGAUGUGCUGGAGGCACGUGCCGUUUCCCAGGGCAUGGUAGGCCAGAAAGAGGCCCGCCGUGCAGCCGGCAUCGUGGUGCAGAUGGUUCGAGAAGGUAAAAUAGCCGGCCGCUGUAUUUUGUUGGCCGGUGAACCGAGCACGGGCAAAACGGCCAUCGCCGUCGGUAUGGCCCAGGCGCUUGGCAACGAAACUCCCUUCACCAGUAUGUCCGGCUCGGAGAUUUACUCGCUGGAGAUGAAUAAAACUGAGGCACUAUCCCAGGCACUCCGCAAGAGCAUCGGACUGCGCAUCAAGGAGGAAACGGAAAUCAUCGAGGGCGAGGUGGUGGAGAUACAGAUCGAUCGGCCGGCGACGGGUACGGGCCAGAAGGUGGGCAAGGUGACGAUGAAAACAACGGACAUGGAGACGAACUACGAUCUGGGCAACAAGAUCAUCGAGUGCUUCAUCAAGGAGAAGAUCCAGGCCGGCGAUAUCAUCACGAUCGAUAAGGCGUCCGGCAAGGUAUCGAAGCUUGGCCGGAGUUUCACGCGGGCCCGCGAUUACGAUGCCACCGGCACGCAGACACGGUUCGUCCAGUGUCCCGAGGGAGAGUUGCAGAAGCGCAAGGAGGUGGUGCAUACGGUGUCGCUGCACGAGAUCGAUGUCAUCAACAGCCGCACACACGGCUUUCUGGCGCUCUUUGCCGGGGAUACGGGUGAAAUCAAGCAGGAGGUGCGUGACCAGAUCAACAGUAAGGUCAUCGAGUGGCGUGAGGAGGGCAAAGCGGAGAUCAACCCGGGCGUGCUGUUCAUUGACGAGUGCCACAUGCUGGACAUUGAAUGUUUCUCCUUUCUGAACCGUGCUCUCGAAAGCGAUAUGGCACCGGUGGUGGUGAUGGCCACGAAUCGUGGUAUCACGAAGAUCCGCGGAACGCACUACCGCAGUCCGCACGGCAUUCCGAUCGAUCUGCUGGACCGAAUGAUCAUCAUCCGCACCGUGCCGUACACGGAGAAGGAAAUCAAGGAGAUUCUUAAGAUCCGGUGCGAGGAGGAGGACUGCCAGAUCAGUAGCGACGCUUUGAUGGUACUUGGGCGAAUUGCAACCGAAACGAGCCUCCGGUAUGCGAUCCAAUCGAUCACGACCGCCAGUUUGGUGAGCAAGCGGCGAAAGGCGGCUGAAAUUACGGUGGAAGACGUACGGAAGGUUUACUCGCUGUUCCUGGACGAGAAGCGUUCGAGCAAGAUUCUCAAGGAGUACCAGGAUGAGUAUCUGUUCUAUGACGACAGCCUACCACGAUUGGAAGCCGAAUCACAGCAAGCACAGCAAUCUUCGCAGCAGCUGCAGCAAACUCAGCAACCCAUGGAUGUGGAGGCUAGCUAAGUGGCUCGUCCUACCGUUGUGCUGAGAACAAUUUCACCUUAAUGAUACUGCAUUAUCAGUUAUAAUUCCACAAUAAGCUUCUUGAGACGUGACAAACGAUCGCAUGCUUCAUUGUAAGAUGUGUAAUAAAUGCUAGAG